AAACAAUGGCGGGAAAUUUUUGGCAGAGCUCGCACUCACAACAGUGGAUUUUGGACAAACAGGACUUGCUGCGAGAGCGCCAACUCGAUUUGUUGGCGUUGAACGAGGAUGAGUACCAAAAGGUGUUCAUAUUCUUUGCGAAUGUGAUUCAGGUGCUGGGAGAGCAGUUGAAGCUGAGGCAGCAGGUCAUAGCCACGGCCACCGUAUACUUCAAGAGGUUCUACGCGAGGAACUCCCUGAAAAACAUCGACCCCCUGCUCCUGGCUCCGACUUGCAUCCUGCUGGCCUCGAAGGUGGAGGAGUUUGGUGUCAUUUCGAACUCUAGGCUGAUUUCCAUCUGCCAGUCUGCUAUAAAGACUAAAUUUAGCUAUGCCUAUGCCCAGGAGUUUCCCUACCGCACGAAUCACAUUCUCGAGUGCGAGUUUUACCUUCUGGAGAACCUCGACUGCUGCUUGAUAGUCUACCAGCCAUACCGGCCAUUACUGCAGCUGGUGCAGGACAUGGGCCAGGAGGACCAACUGCUCACAUUGAGCUGGCGCAUCGUCAACGAUUCGCUUCGCACCGAUGUCUGUCUUCUGUAUCCUCCAUAUCAGAUCGCCAUUGCCUGCCUACAGAUAGCAUGCGUUAUCCUGCAAAAGGAUGCCACUAAACAAUGGUUUGCUGAGCUCAACGUCGACCUGGAUAAAGUUCAGGAGAUCGUGAGGGCGAUAGUAAAUCUGUACGAGCUGUGGAAGGACUGGAAGGAGAAGGACGAAAUACAAAUGUUGCUGGCCAAAAUACCCAAACCCAAACCACCGCCACAGCGCUAAGCUUAUAUUUAUUUACACUCAUAGUUUGUAUUUUCCUAUUUAGUAUAUGUCCAUGUCUUUUUUAUGUCGAUUGUACAUUCAAGAUUCAGCAACUGGGAAACCAACGAUUAUCUCAUUGUUGGUAUUUUUACAAAUAAAUUAUGAACUUAUGAAUAGAAA